AUAUGCCACCGUGUAACGAAGUCGAUAAAGAACUACAUGGAUAUACGCGUCUUGAGAGUGAGGUUAUAUGAGACACUCGAUCAGUAAGAUUCUAACCAACGAUCACUCGACACUGAGGUAUAUGCAGUCAGUAAUCACUGACUAUACCGACCGAACACUAUACAGACCGAGUCAGUAGAAGUAGCUGACUAUUUCCACGGCCGUUGCGCGGUCUGAUCUACUGAUGUCGAAUUUAUUUGGUCAACGUGCUUCCGGAACGUCGUUUUAUCUUACACGUUUUUAUCUUUCUUCGUUUCGUUUUAAUUCUGUUUGCGAUUCUUCGAUCUUCAUUCGUGGAGAUUCGUUGAUUCGAGAAAAACGUGGUUAAAAAGAAAGAAAAAGUGUGUCGAAAGUGUUCUUUUCCGAGCAUUGCCUUUAAACGUUCUUAACGUUUUAGUCAUCUACCAAGAUCGGUUUUACCGAAGAUUGGAACAGCAGCGUGGAGCACGUGGAUACAGAAUGUUGAGAUCCGUGAUAGGACGGACGCAAUCCGCAAUAAUCUGGCUUUUGCUGCUACUGGUAACCUGGCGAAACAAAGAUAGUUGCAACGGCCUGCAAUAUCAGUCGGUCGAGGUUUAUGCAAACGGCGAUGACUGCGCACUGAUCCUGAAUGGACCGGGGAGGACCACUGUCUUUGAUUAUACUUACAAUUUGUUACGUGGUUCUUUCCCACCGACAGCCGGAUCACAGACAUGCAUCACUUACGAUGCCGUGAAUCGAGCGUAUAUCGAAGCGAGAAAACGCAUCAAUGUGGCGCAACCCAAGAACAAAAUGUGGAGACCAGAGGAUUUAGCCACGGUUGGAGAACUUUUAUUGGAUAUCAGUGCGAACCUUGUACAAACAUACGGCCUAACCUUCGAAGAAAUCGAAAAAAGUCUACCCUUAAUCGACACUUCGAAGACCUUAAUUCGCGAGGUGUGCCCUGCCUUUUUGAGCAACGUGGAAUGUCGUGCUGGUAAAUAUAGAAGAAACGAUGGCUUGUGCACAAAUUUACAAAAUCCGACAUGGGGCGCCACAUUAGCGCCCUUUCAAAGAGUGCUGAGUCCACGAUUCGCGGACGGUCUAACAGCGCCUAGAAUAUCGGUGACCAGUCAUGAUUUACCAUUAUCACGCAUAGUGUCACGCACUAUGCAUCCUGACGAGGGUUAUCACGAUCAUGCUGGUACAGUCAUGGUCAUCGCCUGGGGGCAGUUUAUGGAUCACGACUAUACGCUAACUGGAACGCCUCUAGAUCCUUUGAACCGAAACGACCCGGAGGAAUGUUGCCAUCGGCCACCGCACCUGAAGAAUCCUUAUUGCAACGAGAUUCUUAUACCGGAAGACGAUUAUUUCUACAGACUGUUCAACGUGAAAUGCAUGGACUUCGUUCGCGCCUUUCCUGCUGUACGACCUGGAUGCCGACUCGGCUCUCGUGUGCCUUUCAAUCUUCUUACCGGUGUGCUCGAUGGGAACACGGUGUAUGGAAUCACGGAAUCAUUCGCUAGGAAGCUACGGGCUGGUUAUGGAGGAUUGUUACGCAUGAAUCCAGUGUUCUCAGAAUACGGACUGAAGGAUUUAUUACCGCUCAAACUGGAUAUUCCGGACGAGGGAUGCACCCGGCCGAAUCGAUCGAUGUACUGUUUCGAGGCGGGUGAGAUAAGAGUGAACGAGCAGCUAGUGUUAACCUGCAUGCAUACUUUGAUGGCACGUGAGCAUAAUCGAAUUGCGAAGACGUUAAUUCAAAUAAAUCCUCAUUGGGACGAUGAAACGCUGUAUCAAGAAGCAAGAAGAAUCGUUAUUGCUGAAAUUCAACAUAUCACUUAUAAUGAAUUUCUACCCAUUUUACUUGGCAAAGAUGUCAUGGAAAAAUUUGGGCUCCUCCUUGAAAAAAAUAGCUAUUGGGAUGGUUACGACGAAAGCGUGAAUCCAUCUGUGAUCGAUGCUUUCGCUUCUGCAGCCUUCAGAUUCGGACACUCAUUAUUGCCAACGGCAGUAGAAAGGUGGAGUAAAGCUCAUAAAUUUAUUGCUUCGAAAAGACUAUCAGAUUUGAUUAGAAGACCGUUUGAUUUGUAUCGUGCUGGAGUUUUCGACGAAUACAUUAUGGGGUUGAUGAACCAAGUUGCUCAAGCUAUGGACGAUUCUAUCACGCAAGAGGUGACAAAUCAUUUAUUUAAAAAAGUUGGAGCUAAGUUUGGAUUGGAUCUGGUCUCAUUUAAUAUGCAACGAGGACGUGAAUUUGGUAUUCCAAGUUAUAUGGAAUUCAGAAAAUUCUGUGGACUUCCUUGGGUAGACACUUUUGACGAGCUUCACGGUUCCAUGCCAAACGAAACGAUCAGACGCUAUAGCUCGAUUUUUGAGCAUCCAGCUGACGUCGAUCUCUGGUCCGGUGGUGUAUCCGAGAGACCACUUCCGGGUAGUAUGCUCGGCCCAACCUUCGCCUGUAUAAUCGCCACGCAAUUCAGUUAUUCCCGUCGAGGCGACCGAUUUUGGUACGAGUUGCCGAACCAGCCAUCGUCCUUCACUCUCGAUCAACUGAAUGAGAUCCGAAAAAUAAAACUCGCUAGAGUGAUCUGCGACAACACGGAUUUGAUCGAUACUAUACAGAUUUAUCCCAUGGUAUUACCCGAUCAUGAAAUAAACCCACGAGUACCCUGUCGAAGCGGCGUCCUGCCCAGUAUGGAUCUAACCAAGUGGGCAGAAUUCCCAACCGCGAAUCAUGCUCAAUACACGUUAAAAAUUUAGGGAACCUAUCGCCUAGACCAGAAUACCAUCACCAAUGUAGUGAACAACAGUUACGAGCCAAGAAGCACGACUCUUAGGCACUCCUUUUACCCUCAGACACAUUACGGUAUUGUAGCGUAGGAAAUUAUAGAUAAAACCUGCAUGUUCCAUUUCGAAAUAUCAGCUUUAGGGACAUAGAUGCGGCGGACAUAAAUGCAACACACAGAUGUUAUAGAAUUAUAGAACAUCCGAAUAGGCACCGCUCUAGCGAUCCUCGAUUAGAUGAAAUAUUCCUAGAGAUUAAUUUAUUUUAAUUCAAACUAGAAUUAUAAUUUAUAUUUCGAAACUAUAAAUUAUGAUGUCGACGUAGUCUCUCUUUUAUUAUGUGUCUUUUUUUAUACAUUUUUUUUUUUAUAAUUUUAUAUGUUUUAAAUGUAUAAAGAUUAAUAUUAAGAAAUUCACGACGUUCACGUAAUAUAGACGCCAUAAACUAAUUGCUUUCAUAUUUACGAUUUAACCAGGAUUUUUGUAGCAUACAUCUUUAAAUAAGAAUGGCGUAAUGCACGCACAAUCAUGACACUUAUUGUGCAUUAUUACCAUUAAUUAUCGCAAUUAUUAAACGAAAGGGAAAUUGAGAAUCUUGCAGGACAGUAGAUUUGUUUAUAAUAAUUUUAGAAAAAAAUUAGGAAAACGUAUUAUAUUAUACAUAUAUAUCUUGUCAUAAAAUAAUUUGGCUUGUAUUUAAAAAAAAGAAACUGACUAAAAAAAGAUAUAUUUUCACAUAAUUUAAAAAUAAAAAUAUAAUUAUUUUUUAUUAAUGAUAAGUAAGAAAAUAAUUUAUUAAAUUGAUGUUGCUUUCUGAAUUUUGAAUUAUCGUUUUUUGUUAGUGCAAAAAAGAAUAGGAGUAGAUUUCCUGCGUAGAACAAAAUAAUUAAAAAUCUGAUCUCAUCUUGUUGAUGAGCAAAUUUACAUUUACACUUAGUUCACGUCACAGUAAUUAUUAUUUUUUUUUUUUUAAGUAAGUAAUUAUAUAAAUAUGUCAAGAAACGGAUCUACCUCUUUUUAUUGCAAAAUUCUCAAUUAAAUCAUCGAAGUUGUAAAUACGAUCGUUUAACACGAUUUGUAACAAUUUCUAUGAACGCUUUUAAUAAUCGCUUAUCAAUUAUCUAGUAUAUGAAUACAAUAGUGCAUUUAGCUAUGCCUGUGUUAUAAUAUUUCAUUACGAUAUAAUAAUAUCAAUUGCGAAUAAAUGCACGAUUUAUAUGGAUUAACAAUAUUUGCGAAAUGAAUUCUUUCAAAUUAACUUCUCCUUGAAGUAACAGAGAUAUAGAGAGCAAUCAAGCGUGAGAAUACCUGUCGAAUACUCUAAUUUUACUCGUGAUAGGGCAAUCGUUUUUAAAAAUUUUAUUUAUAUUUUGCAAAAUUUCGUUUAGUAUCUCGAUUCGUUUAAUAAAAUUAUUUGAUUCGAUACAAUUAUUUCGAGACAACUCGCCAGAAGUUUUAAUCGAUAAACAUAGCUCAAAUGUGUAUAUUAUAUUAUACUUGUUAAUUUUUAUUUCUAUAUAUACAUAUACAUAAUUUAUAUAUAUUGCAUAUAUAUAUAUAAUUUAUAUACAUUCGUAUCAAUUUUUUUUAUCGAUGAUGUAAAUUAUGAAAAAUAAUUCAAUUUGAGUUUAUAUAAAAUUGAACGUCUAAUUAUUUUUAUAUAUUCCAUGCAUGGAAAAUUACAGCUUUUGAUUUACUUA